GUUGUUUAUGGGAGGGGAAAAAUCAGGGAAAAGGGGGAAAAAAACCCGGGCAAAGCCGAAAAACUCCGGCUGGAGGACUGACGAUAGAGUUGGUGCGGGCAGAGCGGCGCGGCGUGCGCGCCCCUGUCUCGGUUUUCACUUCCGGCGCCGCCAUGUUGGGGAGGUCGGCGGGGCGACUGGCGGGGGUCGUGGCGCUGGUCACGGGGGGCGCCAGCGGCAUCGGCCGCGCCGUGAGCGGCCGCCUGGCCCGCGAGGGCGCGCGCGUGGCCGUGGCCGAUCGCGACAUGUCGGGGGCGGCGGCGACAGCGAAAGGGCUCCCCCGGAACUGCCCCCCCGACCACGGAGCUUUCCAGGUGGAUGUGGCCGAUCCCAAAAGCGUCGCCGGGAUGGUGAGAGGGGUGCAGGUAAUGUCGCCGCCACCUCCCCCCCACCGGACAUUGGGGGACAUUGGGGGGACAUGGGGGGACAUUGGGGACAUUGGGGACAUUGGGGGACAUUGGGGGGGUUGUGCCACCCCCGAUGUCCCCCCGCUGCCCCCCCAGGGGACAUUCCUGGUGACACAGGAGGUGACAAAGGCCCUGGUGACAUCGGGGGACCCCGGGGGGGCCUCCCUGGUCCUCGUGGGCAGCGUGGUGGCCAAGGUGGGGAAUUUGGGCCAAACCAACUACGCGGCCUCCAAGGGGGGGGUGGAGGGGCUGACCCGGAGCGUGGCCAAGGAGGUGGCCAGGUUUGGGAUCCGCUGCAAUUCCGUCCUGCCGGGAUUUAUCGUCACCCCCAUGACGGACAAAGUGCCCCCAAAAGUGCUGGACAAGUUCGCAGGGAUGGUGCCACUGGGACGACUGGGGGACCCUGAGGACGUGGCAGACGUGGUGGCUUUCCUGGCGUCGGGGGACAGCGGCUACGUCACCGGGGCCACCCUGGAGGUGACAGAAAGUGGCUCUGGAACGACCCCGGCACCCUCCGUCUGCCAAGGUGGGCAGGGCCUUACCAGGCCUCGCUCCCCAACCCGACAGACUCCACACAGGGAACCUGCACCUCCAAAGCUGGAAGGAAAGAGGGCAAAGGCCUCUCCUCCUUUCUUCUUAUAGCCCAGCUUAGGUAAAAAUGGUGGGGAGUAGCGGGGAAAUCUGGGCACUUCCUUGGUUACAGACUGGUCAUGAAGGAAGGCCCAGACUAAAGUACCAGAGACAUCACAUCCCCCUCUGUGACAUCACAUCCCCCUCUGUGACAUCACAUCCCCCUCUGUGACAUCACAUCCCGCUCUGUGACAUCA